GAGAGGUAACAGUGAAAGUACUAGCUUCCGCCGACGUGAGCCUCCCUCCAUCCGCCACCUGAAAACAGGGCCUGUGCAUUCUUCAUCUUUCCUAUCCACAAAAGCUUGGAGCCCUCAACUGGUCACCCAACCUCCGCGAAACGAACCGCGGUCAAGCUCGUAAAGCAAACCCGAGCAUUAGGUUUCUCACACGAUGGCCGACUUUGUCAAGCUCUCCAUCUUUGGCACAGUCUUCGAAGUGACCACGCGCUAUGUCGAUCUCCAACCGGUCGGCAUGGGUGCCUUUGGCCUGGUCUGCAGCGCCAAAGAUCAGCUGACGGGCACCAGUGUGGCGAUCAAGAAGAUCAUGAAGCCCUUCUCCACACCUGUCCUCAGCAAGAGGACGUACAGAGAAUUGAAGCUGCUCAAACACAUCCGGCAUGAAAAUAUUAUUUCAUUGUCGGAUGUCUUCAUCUCGCCCCUGGAGGACAUCUACUUUGUGACAGAGCUACUCGGUACCGACCUGCACCGCUUGCUCACCUCACGACCACUGGAGAAGCAGUUCAUUCAGUACUUCCUCUACCAAAUCCUCCGCGGGCUCAAGUACGUGCACUCGGCUGGCGUCGUGCAUCGCGAUCUCAAGCCUUCGAACAUUCUCGUGAAUGAGAACUGCGACUUGAAGAUUUGCGAUUUCGGCUUGGCGCGCAUCCAAGAUCCCCAGAUGACCGGAUACGUGUCAACACGCUACUACCGGGCGCCCGAGAUCAUGCUCACAUGGCAAAAGUAUGACGUCGCCGUCGAUGUUUGGAGCGCAGGCUGCAUCUUUGCAGAGAUGCUCGAGGGAAAGCCGCUGUUCCCCGGCAAAGACCACGUAAACCAAUUCAGCAUCAUCACUGAGUUGCUUGGCACACCACCAGACGAAGUGAUCAAAACAAUUUGCAGCGAGAACACGCUGCGCUUCGUCCAAUCGUUGCCGAAACGCGAGCGCGUACCCUUCAGCCAGAAGUUCCGGAAUGCGGACCCGCUCGCGCUGGAUCUGCUCGAACGCAUGCUGGUGUUCGACCCAAGGACUCGCAUCAGCGCAGCGGAAGCGCUCAGCCACCCAUACCUCGCGCCGUACCACGACCCAACAGACGAGCCAGAGGCAGACGAGGCAUUCGACUGGAGCUUCAACGACGCUGACCUCCCUGUCGACACAUGGAAGGUGAUGAUGUACUCGGAGAUUCUAGAUUUCCACAAUAUUGACAAUUCGGGGCAAGAUGAGGGGCCUGUACCGCCACUGCAAAGUCAGGCGGCUGCAUGAGUGCGAUACUCGGUCACAAAAUUGUGCAGUCUUGAGGAAAAGAAGUCAAGCGAUGCGCACACAAAGUCGCCUCCAUGAACGAAAGAAUGUACAAUAGACGCCCGCUGCG